UUUUUUUUAUUGGUGUCAGUGUGUUUCCCAGAGUGGAGUGUGCUUGUGGCGUGGGUGUUGCGUGUUGUGAGUGUGAGUUUGUAACUGCUGUUAGUGAUGUUGCAGCGGGGCGUCCGGAUCUUGUGUAGCGGGACUUCACAGCGGCAGUUUGGAACAUGGUACAAAGUGAGUAAAGAAGUUGCAGCCAGUGUGUUACCAGACUUCAUGGAACUCUCUAUGAAAGCUCUUUCAUCAUUUUUUGGAAGCAAGAGCAAUUUUGCAACUAAAGCAGACUUUGAAACAAAGCCAUUUCGUCUACACAAACUCGAUUCUGGCCCAACUACACAAGUUAGUGUGACACGUGAUGAAGCACUUAUGUUGUAUAAGCAUAUGCAUGUUAUCCGUCGAAUGGAAUCGGCUGCAGGAAAUUUAUACAAGGAAAAAAUUGUACGCGGAUUUUGUCACUUGUAUUCUGGUCAGGAGGCAGUUGCAGUGGGAAUGAAAGCUGCUCUCAGGCCACAGGACAGUGUAAUCACUGCCUACAGAGCUCAUGGUUGGACUUACCUGAUGGGAAUUCCACCAUCAGUCGUUCUGUCAGAGCUUACGGGGAGGAAAUCGGGCUGUGCAAGAGGAAAAGGAGGAUCUAUGCACAUGUAUGCCGAUAACUUCUAUGGUGGAAAUGGAAUUGUUGGAGCUCAAGUUCCCUUAGGGGUUGGAAUUGCUUUUGCACACAAAUACCAGGGCUCAGAUGCCGUGUGUGUUGCCCUGUAUGGUGAUGGAGCUGCCAAUCAAGGACAGAUCUUUGAGGUUUACAAUAUAGCCAAACUCCUGAAUCUACCUUGUAUAUUUGUUUGUGAGAAUAAUGGCUAUGGAAUGGGAACAAGUGUAGAACGAGCAUCUGCAAGUACAGCAUAUUAUACAAGAGGAGACUACAUUCCAGGAUUAUGGGUAGAUGGAAUGGAUGUUUUGGCAACAAGAGAAGCUACUCGUUUUGCAAUUGCACACUGUCUCAGUGGUAAGGGACCAAUUGUCUUAGAAGCUGCAACAUAUAGAUACAGUGGUCAUUCAAUGUCUGAUCCUGGAACUAGUUAUCGAACAAGAGAAGAAAUACAAGAAGUAAGACAAACAAGAGAUCCUAUAACAUCCUUCAAAGAAAAAAUAAUUAAUGCAGAGCUGGCUACUUCAGAAGAAUUGAAGAAACUGGAGAGUGAAAUAAGAACAGAAAUUGAUGAUGCAGUUAAGUUAGCAAAGUCUGAAAAGGAAUGUAACUUGGAAGAACUGACAGCAGACAUAUAUGCUAGUUCACAGGAGAUUUCAGUCAGAGGUACUCUGCCAUGGAGCAGUUUGAAACAUAAGAAUAUAGGGAAACCAAAAAAUUUGUGAGGUUGAAGUAUUUGUCACUUGUUGGUGUAGUGAACUCUAAUGUGAUCUGUACAUAUAUUUAAUGUGCUGUAAAGUGAUCCAAGCAGUUUUAAAAUUCUGUUGUGUGGUAUUAUAAUUGUUGUUAUAUUUAUCACAAAUAAUUCACAGUUUUAUUGUUGCAUUAUAAUCAUUGUUGCCACUGUUUACGUAAGGACAGUUGUUGUUCUCAGAUAAAAAAUUUUGUAAGUUUCUUUUAUGAGGAAGUAUUAGUUUCAUAAAUAGUGUAUAGAAUAGGAGUAGGGAGUAGAUAUUCAUAAAUUGUCCAUUCAUUCACUGCCAGUUACACCAAACCUGAGAAAUGGUCAUUGUGACAAUUUAAUUCACUUUCUUGGAUAAAAACUCCAAAAGCUGCCAUUGUUUAAACGUUAAUGAUAUUUGUUCUCCAAAAAUUUCCUGUAGGGAGGAUAUAUAUUUUGUAAUUGUGACUGUGGCAGGUGGUAGAUGAUGGACAUACAAAUUCCAUGUUGUGACGGUUAUGUUACCAUAAACUGUGCAUUUAAACUCAAUUCUCAUGAUGAUUUGUGAAAAAAUUGUACUGCUUAGCAAAGAUUCUAGCAUUUAUAUUUAGAUAGCCAUAGUUGAACUUUUUUUCUUCCAAGUUUAUUUAGUUGAUACUGAUCACUCAUGUAAUGUUAUGAAGCUUUUUAUACAUUUAACUACUGCAUUUAACAACAUUUGCUAUCUGUUUUUGUGGAAAUGUAACAAUCCUGCUUAUUUGACCUGCUAAUGCGUGGCUUUUAAUUCAUUGAACAAAAAUAAAUUAUUACUAAGUUUAUUGUUGCCAAAUUUUCAGGUCGCAGAGAUUUUUAGUAACUAAAUG